UUCACAUUGGAAACGACAGACUGUGGUCUAUCUUGGUUUACUGAUAAAGUAUUUGAUUUCAUCGUCACAACAAAUGUUCCUGACUUGUUCCCAACGAGAAACUGCUGCACCGAUCUGAGGUGCAAGUUGAGUCUAUUCGCAGGAAUGGGAAAUUCAACCACCUGUAGUAACCAUCUGGGGAUCCCCCCAGCAAAAGGGCCCAAUGCCGUGGGAUGUUCAGAUUUCAUGAUGGAUCAUACUGUAAAGGGUACCUUCUUUCGGCUAUACUAUCCAUGUGUAGCAUACGAGGAUGCGGAAAAACCAGACUGGAUCCCAAGCAAAGAAUAUUUCUAUGGGCUUGCAGACUUCAUGAACAUCAACAGAGGCCUGAGUGAACAGAUUUUUAAUUACCUCUUUGGAUCUUUUAAGAUACCUGCUGCCAUGAAUGCCCCAUAUAAACAGAAUGGGAAGUGUCCAGUAAUUGUCUUCUCUCAUGGACUUGGAGCUUUCAGAACUUUAUAUUCAGCCAUAUGCGCAGAACUGGCCUCACAGGGUUUCAUAGUAGCAGCAGUGGAACACAGGGAUGAAUCUGCCGCUGCCACAUUCUUCUACCAUGGAAAGACUGAAGAGCCUGAGGAGAAAGAAGAGGAGUUGCUGCCGCCUAAACCCAACCCUGGGGCCCCAGAGAACCUGGUAGAGGAAUGGAUGUACUACCGAUCUCUGAAACCAGGCGAGAGUGAAUUCGCCCUCAGGAAUAAACAGGUGUUACAGAGAGCUGAUGAAUGCAUAAAGGCUUUGGAUAUACUCAUCCAAAUCAACUCGGGAAAGAAGAUGGAGAACGUGCUUGGGACAGAGUUUGACUGGAUGACUUUGGCGAACUCUAUGGACUUGUGCCGGAUAGCAGUGAUGGGCCAUUCUUUCGGUGGAGCAACAGUGAUCGAAGCCCUCUGCAAUGAGGUCAACUUCAAGUGUGGCAUUGCCCUGGACGCAUGGAUGUUCCCCCUGGAUGAGGAGAUCUACGCCAGGGUAAAGCAGCCCAUCUUCUUCAUCAACUCUGAGAAGUUCCAGUGGGCCGGGAACAUCAUGGCCAUGAGGAAACUGGUCCCACCUGACUCCUCCUCCACACAGAGGAAAAUGGUCACCAUUAAAGGAACGGUUCACCAGAGCUUCCCAGACUUCACCUUCCUGACAGGCAAUUGGAUCGGGAAGAUCCUGAAGCUGAAAGGAGAAAUCAACCCUCAGGUUGCCAUCGAUCUCUGUAAUAAAGCAUCGCUAGCAUUCCUGCAGCGACAUCUAGGUAUGGAUAAAGACUUCAAUCAAUGGGACCAUCUAAUGGAGGGCAAGGACGACAACCUCAUUCCAGGCACCAAUGUCACAGAACGACCUUAGUUCAAUUCCAUCUAAACUAUGCACUUUACACAGAGGGGAUGUUUGAUUUCCAGACAGUACCACUAGCUGAACUCAAGGUGCCAAUAUUUGUUGCACUGAGCCUUGAAAUUGUUUAAUCAUAGACAAAAUGUAAAAUAGAUGCAAAGCAAUUUCUACUACAGGCCAUCUUAACCGGUACCUAAUUAUGAUUGCUCGGCGAGGGUGCAUAUCUCCAAGUAUUGAGAAACUGCUUUUUUGGUUUCAUAGUAUCUAUAUAGAGCAUCUAAGAACACAAUCUGCUGUACUCAGUAUGUUUUACAUGAACAAAGUUAUGGUUGCAGUGUGCUAUGCGAUUAUACACCUAUAUGGGAUAUUAUUCAAGAGUAUGGUUUAGAGAUGGUUUGGAUCAAGGAGUCUUAAUACAGUUUCAAGAUUUAAUUUUAUAACCCCUAGAUGGUUAGUGAUUACGACUUUGAUUAAAUAUUUGGUGUUUAUUUAGCAUGAUUGCACAGAGUACAGAUUGAGAUCAGGUAGCAUAGAUACAAGAAUCGAACAAAUUGAUUACACUUAGCUCACAAAGGAUGAGAUGUUUCUCGAUUCCUUUGAAUCAGAUCCAUAAAUGUGUCAUGUGCCUUAACCUACAGCAGCCUACCUGUGUCCUUCCACCUGGGUUGUAUUUGUAAGUCAGAAAACUCACGUACACAACCUGAACUUGCCAAUGAGAAACGUUCCUUUUCCGUUUUCUGUUGCAAAACUUUCAGUGUGGCCUAAUGCAGUUUCUUAACUCCUCGGGUUACCCCCAACAGCACAUUAUGGUUGUGGCCCCAGACAAACUGAUUCUACUUGGAGGGCUUGAUGAUUAGUUGACAAGUUGAAUCACGUGCUUGUCUGGGCCUCAAUGUGUGCUGUUUGGGGUAUUGGAGGACUGGAGUUGGGGAAACACUGCACUAAUAAAUACAACCCUGGAACACUCAAAUGUAAUAGCUUAUUUUUCUGUCCUUCAUUUCCAUGCUUUUCAUAUUUACACUACUGUAAGCCAAUGCAUCUAAUUUGUAUACAACUAUAAAUGGAUACUGUGAA